AUGAAUAUAAUACCUCCCAUACAACCAGAGUAUCCUCCUCAGAGGCUACGGCUUGUUCAUCCCACAUCCACCAGGUCCAAUAAACUUAUCACAAACAUGCUUACCAAUUACCAAACCAGAGUCAAUACCGUCAAAACAGAGAUAGGUCCACAACUUCCUUCCUUCAAUCUACCAAGACGUUUAUUCAGAUGGAUCUAUUCAGUAUCGUUAUUUAUCUUAGUCUCGAUAUUAAUGGCGCUUAUUGCCGUGACGCCCAUUGAUGUUAUCGUACAAACGGCGUCAGCAUCGUUCAGUGGAAUUAAGUUAUUUAUUGUCAUAGUCGUUUGUGUCCUAUUCCUUAUCAUUAGUUUCACCCUUUACUUUCUGAGAAUUUAUCAACAUAGGGUGGCCAUGAACGACAUUCCUAAUCAUUCCAUGUAUGUACCACAAGAGCAUGACUUGCCCAAACGGAUUUAUCACCAUAUAGACGAAAAAAACCAGUAUUGUAAGGAAGUUCAAGAAAUGGCCGGCCCAUUGACCAACGACAUCACCAUAAAUUACCCCGGUAUGCAACCACCAGAAUAUAUCCAAGCACGGAACGUCGGGUCGGGAAAUCUCCUUCCACCCAGUCUUCACUAUGAUGAGGUUAUUCGAAGUUUCACCGAUAAAUUCACUAUUCUUGAGAACUUCGAGUCUUCCCUUAAGACACCCAAACAUUUCACAUUCAGGGAAAUGGUGCUAAGCAUAGCACAAGAUCUCAGGAUAAACCGUAAAGCAGGAGCCGAAGAGUUACCCAAUUUCUCCUUGUUCCUUUCCCUUUACGAGAAGUUCAAAUUUUCAGGGAAGUUAAUCGAAGAAAACGAGAUGGUGGACUUUAUGGUUGAAUGCAUUAAAUUCACCUCAUGCCUAGUAGCCUAUUAUGGUUCUGUAUUUGCUGUAAGAAGGAAAAAGUAUCGUGAUAAACAGGCAUGGAGUACUAGAAGUAUUACACGGUCAGAUCUCCAAUACCCUAGUUAUUCUCCCAGUUUACAAAACAGUGCAGGUCACAGUUUCGAGGACGUACCUGAAAGUUACGUUGGUGGUGAUGUUUACGGUCCUGCUAACGAAUACCAAGGUCACAUUUAUGGCCUGAACAAUGCGUCAUACUCUCAAGAUUUCCCUCACUAUGAUGGUCUCAAAGUUAGGAGAAGGAACACAGAAAGUAGUCAAGGUUCAGAACUCAAGAGAUAUUACACUAAUGGUAGUCAAGGCUCGGUUGUUAGACAAAAAUUAUCAAUAUCGGAUCAACGGAAAUCAUCAUCUGUCAUGUUCAAUCUUGACAACCAAGAUUUUAAACGUACAAAUACCCAUACUUCUUUCAGACCCAGUCCUCAUGAUUCUGUAGUAGGAAUGAGUGGGUAUAAUAGUGAAGUAGAAGAAGACGAUACCAGCAUUUACAAUUUUAGACCCAGAAGUCAUUCCCAAGUAAAUACCAUACCCCAGGAUACAUUAGAUAUUGGCGAUAAUGACAGUUUAAAUCUGGUAAAACGACUCCCAUCAUUCUAUUUCCAACCUUCAACACCUCAACCUAUCAGUCCUACCAGACUGCAAUCCCCAACUAAAGUCUUGGAUUUGGAAAUCAAACGACUGAAAUCUCCCAAGAAGAGGUGA